CAAAGCUUUGUCUUAUUUAAGGAAUAAUGUAGCAUAAUCUGGGUGAUCUGUAAACCCUUUGGAAAAAUUGUUAGUAAUGCAAAAACAUAAGUUUAAGGGGAGUUCUCUGAUAUGCUAGAUGUAACUUUUUAUUUAUUGUAUUUGUUCAUAUUAUUUAUAUACAAUCUAUGAAGGCAUCAUAGGUGAAAUCUUGACCUUUGUAAGAAAACAAUGCUGAGAAAUUUUAAAGUCUACCAAAAUGCUGCUAAAAUGUUUAGUUACAAAGUUUAAUUGCUGACCCAUUUUAUUUGUCACCAGUCAGCUAAAAUGGUUCACUGACACAUAUUUUGUUGGUUUCCUUUAUUAAAAUAACAAAAUUCAAGCUUGAGUUUACAAAAAAUGUACACUGUGUGAAUGCAGAAUCCUUAAAUGUGCACAGACACUCAAACGCACUUCAUUCUCUCCAUGCAUUUUAAAAUUAGUUACACAUAAAUAAUACAAGCGGGUCAUAAAGAAUGUUUAGUUAUAUACAUUUUUAAUAAUAAAAAAAAUAUAUUACAAAGUAGUUUUUUAAAAAUAUAUUCAUGUUUAUGUUUUGUUCUUAUUUUAAAACAAUGUUCAACAACACACUCACACUUUUCAGCACUUUUAAUACAAUAUUAUACAUCCAGUAAGAUUAAAUGCGUUUCUCUGUCUACAAUUAUGACUUUGCUGUACAGAUUCGCGUGCCCAGUUUAGUUUUUAUUUUGUUCGCGUCGCUUACAGUGUAAACGCUGUGCGUGCGUAAAUGCUCGCGUGAGGAUGCGCGUGCGGAGAUCCGCCACCUGAAUCACGCGCCGCAAGAGCGGCUAUAAAACAUCAGCCCUCGCGUGAUGUCGCCCUCAUGUCAAGAGGUUAUUCCAUUUUAUUGCCAUUCAGGAUGAUUUGUCUUCGUUUCAAAUAGUCUUAAUUCAAUUCAAUCUUCGGCUGUAUGUGGAUUUUGCGGUUUUCCAGAAAAUAAAACGGCUCGUUUUCAGUGUUGAGAUAUUUGGACAAUGAUUCCACCUGGAGACUGUCUGUAUGCUGGAAGGAAAAGGAGAAAACCUGUUCAGAAACAGAAACCAGAGAAAGCAGGUGAAAAAUCGAAUCCGUCCAAGCGUCACCGUGACCGUCUGAAUGCAGAGCUGGAACGGUUGGCGAGUCUGCUGCCCUUUAGUUCAGAGGUCAUCUCCAAACUGGACAAACUCUCAGUGCUGAGACUCAGCGUCAGCUUCCUGCGAGUGAAGAGCUUCUUUCAAGCGGUCCAAGAGAAAGAAAAUCACAGAAGUGAUGCCUCGAUCCCUGAGCACACGAAAGAGAUUCUGCCCCAUGUUGUAGAAAGUGAUCUUCUCCUACAGUCUCUCUCUGGAUUUGCACUGGUCGUGAGCUCAGAUGGUGUUAUUUUCUAUGCAUCGUCCACUAUCGUUGACUACCUGGGAUUUCAUCAGACAGACGUGAUGCAUCAGAAGAUCUUUGAUUAUAUCCAUGUGGCGGAGCGACAGGAGUUUCAGAGUCAGCUCCACUGGGCGAUGAACCCUGGCCAGCAAGACAACGUAGAUGAGGAUGUUGUGAUGGGUCAUAUGUACAGCGCUGAAGAGCCUGACGGUGUUCCUCCUGAACUGUCUCCGUUCCUUACGCGGUGCUUCAUCGCUCGAGUACGCUGCCUGCUGGACAGCACCUCUGGCUUUCUGAACAUGCAGUUUCAGGGCAGCCUGAAGUUCCUGCAGGGUCAGAGGAGGAAGACGGACUCUGGAGCUCUGCUGCCACCCCAGCUUGCUCUGUUUUGUGUGGCUGUUCCUAUAGUACUCCCCUCUGUCACGGAGCUAAAGAUGAAGAGUAUGAUGAUGAAAGGCAAACACAAAAGCUCUGGCAGCAGUGAUAAAAGGCAACAAGUUUCCUGUGGCUCAUUUGACAGUGAAGAUGUGCUACGUGUUAGCUGGACAAACACAUCGGGUCAUGAUGGUUCAUGGUCAGCCCUGGCCAACAGAAGGUACAGAGGAGAGAGCUGCAAAACCCAAGAUGAGCCGCUCAACUACUGUGUUUCCCCUCUGGGUGUCUCUAGGUUGCAGGCUGUUGAUGCUUCUUGGGACACCCGCUGUCCUGUUGCUUUACGCACGGACUCCAGUGAAAACUACCUGCUACCUGGAAGCUUCUAUAAACACGGCCAUUCUGGAAAAUUACGAAUUGGUUGCAACACAGAAUUGCAGAAAGUGGAAGGUUAUUGCAUCGAUGGGAAGGUGGAGAGAAGGUACAUGACGCAGAAUGAAUGUUUUAAUAUGCUUCCUGAAGCGGCAAUUAAGACAGAACAAGAUUCUGACUCUGAAAAUGGGUGUAACACAUACGGGACGCUCUGGCGCCCUGAAUAUGCACAGGUGAAAACUGAAGCUGAAUAUUAUGACUAUUGUACUUCAUAUCAAAAUGGCAAGGCUGCCGUCAGUGCUCCUAUCAAUGGACACAAGUAUCCGUGUGCAGGAGUCAGCAGACCUCUUAAGUGUGUCCUGAACAAAGACCUGAAUCACUCUGACAUGCCGAUCAGUAGUCAGGACACAUUUGUGUUUGCAAAUGCCUCCGUGGAUCAUAAAAGCUACAUGCAGCAUGAUAUCCGGAGUCGCAACUUGCUGCACACAAUUAAACGAGAACCUGACGACUCUCCACCUUGGUGUAAUGAUGUUAGUCAAGGGCAUGUGCAACAAAAUAUUACUUCAUCUUGCACUGUGAAUGCUAGUCUACACAAAGCAAACCCAUAUGUUUACAUGUAGUGACCACGUUAACAUCGCUUAUCAGUUAUAGUGCUUGCAAGGUGUAGAGAUAUCUUCUUCUUUCUGUUCUUUUAAUUCAGCCCAAAUUGCUUAAUGUAGAAACAUUUUUGUUGAUAAUUUCAAGUCUAAUGUCUUAGGUGUGUCUGAAAUUUAAAGCUGCCAUAGAAUUGAAAAUUUUAUUCACCUCGGCAUAGUUAAAUAACAAGAGUUCAGUACAUGGGAAUGACAUACAGUGAGUCUCAAACACC